AUGUGGAAGCUCUUCGUCGACAGGGCAGCUAAUAGGCAUGGCGUCGAACUAGGUAUCGUGUUGACUUCCCCGGACGGGCUGAUCAUCGAACAAGCAAUUACGCUCGGUUUCCCUACGUCCAACAAUGAGGCGGAGUAUGAAGCCCUCCUCGCCGGACUGAGGAGUGCAUUGAGGAUGAAAGCGUCGGCUCUCAUGGUGUUCAGCGACUCCAAACUGGUGGUCAAUCAGGUCUCCGGGGAGUAUGAGGGCAGGGAUGAAAGAAUGGCCAAGUAUCAGGUGCUGGUGUACGCAGAGAUCAAGAAGUUCGCCGCCAUACAAGUGGAGCAAAUCAACCGUAAAGAAAACAACGCAGCAGACGAACUGGCCGGCCUUGCAUCUACGCAAUCAGCCUUCCCUAAUCCCUUGAUGAUAGAAUUCUUGCCUCGGCCAAGCAUUGAGGAGCCAGAAGUGCCCAAGGUGCUGGUGUACGUAGAGAUCAAGAAGUUCGCCGCCAUACGAGUGGAGCAAAUCAACCGUGAAGAAAACAACGCAGCAGACGAACUGGCCGGCCUUGCAUCUACGCAAUCAGCCUUCCCUAAUCCCUUGAUGAUAGAUUUCUUGCCUCGGCCAAGCAUUGAGGAGCCAGAAGUGCCCAAGGUACUCUGCACUGACUUGGGACCUUCCUGGAUGGACCCCAUCAUCACCUUCCUGAAAGAUAGAGUUCGGCCCGAAGAAAAGAAGGCAGCCAACAAAAUCCGGGCUAAGUCAGAGCGGUUUUGGCUCUCGCCGUCUGGAGCCUUAUACAAGAAGUCUUUUACCGGGCUGCUCCUAAAGUGUGUCCAUCCUGCCAAAGUGGAAGCUUUCCUCUAUGAGAUUCAUGAGGGCAUCUGCGGGAGCCAUAUUGGGGGCAGAUCUUUGGCUUACCGAGCAAUUUCCCAAGCUGCCCCGGGCAACCGCAAGUUCUUCAUCGCCGCUAUCGACUACUUCACCAAGUGGGUUGAGGCCGAGCCGUUGGCAACCAUAAAGGAAAAAGAUGUGAAGAAGUUUGUUUGGCAAAAUGUUAUCACUCGCUUCGGUAUACCAAAGGCCCUAAUCUCAGAUAAUGAGCUAAAGAUUGAGUUCUACAAUUCAACAUCGGCCUAUCCUCAGUCAAAUGGACAAGCGGAGGCCUCCAACAAGACCAUCCUAGACGGACUGAAGAAGCGUCUUGAAAAAGCCAAAGGGAAGUGGGCUGAAGAACUCCCUAAUGUGCUCUGGGCAUACCGCACUACGCCGAGGCAAUCGACCGGAGAGACGCCAUUCGCCUUGGCUUAUGGCAUGGAAGCUGUUAUCCCACUGGAAAUUUGUAUGCCAACUAUCCGGUCUAAGAGUUUCCAGCCAAAUUUGAAUAAUGAAGCAGUCGCAUUGGAGCUUGACCUAGCCGAGGAAAGAAAAGAACGGGCUCUGAUCUACAUAGCGGCCUAUCAGUAG